CGGAGGGUGUUGAAGAUGGCAGUGUGGAUCCAGGCCCAGCAGCUCCAGGGAGAUGCUCUCCACCAGAUGCAAUCUCUGUACGGUCAGCACUUCCCCAUCGAAGUGCGACAUUACCUGUCCCAGUGGAUCGAGGGCCAACUCUGGGAUAACAUCGACUUGGAGAACCCGCAGGAGGAGUUCAAGGCCAAGCGCUUGCUGGACGGCCUGAUCCAAGAGCUGCAGAACAAGGCGGAGCACCAGGUCGGCGAGGACUGCUUCCUGCUCAAAAUCAAACUGGGACACUAUGCCAGCCAACUCAAGAGCACGUAUGACCGAUGUCCUCUGGAGCUGGUGCGCUGCAUCAAGCACAUCCUCUACACGGAGCAGCGGCUAGUGCGGGAGGCCACCAACUCCAGCUCUCCGGUGGGUGGAAUGUUGGACAGCAUGUCUCAGAAGUACCAGCAGAUCAACCAAGCCUUCGAGGAACUUCGCCUGCUCACCCAGGACACGGAGAAUGACCUGCGCAAGCUCCAGCACAACCAGGAGUACUUCAUCAUCCAGUACCAGGAGAGCCUGCGCAUCCAGGCUCAGCUUUCCAGCCUGGCCACACUGCCCCCUGCUGACCGACAGUUACGAGAACCCACUCUGUUGAGCAAAAGAGCAACGGUGGAGGCAUGGCUGACAAGGGAGGCCAACACACUACAGAAGUACAGACUGGACCUGGCAGAGAAGCACCAGAAAACACUGCAGCUGCUGAGGAAGCAGCAGACCGUCAUCCUGGACGACGAGCUGAUCCUGUGGAAGAGACGGCAACAGCUGGCAGGCAACGGGGGCCCGCCGGAGGGGGGCAUGGACAUCCUGCAGUCCUGGUGCGAGAAGCUGGCGGAAACCAUCUGGCAGAACCGACAGCAGAUCCGGAGAGCGGAGCACCUCAGACAACAGCUGCCCAUCCCGGGUCCCAUUGAAGACCUCCUCAAUGAACUCAACAGCACUAUCACAGACAUCAUCUCAGCCUUGGUCACAAGCACCUUCAUCAUCGAGAAACAGCCUCCACAGGUGCUCAAAACCCAGACCAAGUUCGCCGCCACCGUGCGCCUCCUGGUCGGCGGCAAGCUGAACGUGCACAUGAACCCGCCGCAGGUCAAGGCCACCAUCAUCAGCGAGCAGCAGGCCAAGGCGCUGUUGAAGAACGAGAACACCAGGAAUGACAGUAGUGGAGAUAUUCUCAACAACAACUGCGUGAUGGAGUAUCACCAAACGACGGGCACGCUCAGCGCUCACUUUAGGAACAUGUCCUUGAAGAGGAUCAAGCGGUCGGACAGGAGAGGAGCCGAGUCGGUGACGGAGGAGAAAUUCACCAUUCUCUUCGAGUCCCAGUUCAGCGUCGGAGGCAAUGAGCUCGUCUUCCAAGUGAAGACGUUGUCGCUGCCUGUAGUGGUGAUAGUCCACGGGAGCCAAGACAAUAAUGCCACGGCGACAGUGCUGUGGGACAACGCAUUCGCCGAGCCUGGCCGCGUGCCUUUCCUGGUGCCAGACAAGGUGCUAUGGCCUCAGCUGUGCGAGGCCAUCAACAUGAAGUACAAGGCGGAGGUGCAGAGCAACCGCGGCCUCUCCGAGGAGAACCUGGUCUUCCUCGCCCAGAAGGCUUUCGGAAACUCCAGCAACAGCAUCGAGGACGACCGCAAUAUGACGAUGACCUGGUCACAGUUUAACAGAGAAAGCUUGCCCGGCAGGAACUUCACAUUUUGGCAAUGGUUCGACGGCGUGAUGGAGCUGACGAAGAAGCAUCUCAAGCCGCACUGGAACGACGGAGCCAUCCUGGGCUUUGUGAACAAGCAGCAGGCUCAAGACAUGCUGAUGUCCAAGCCAAACGGCACCUUUCUUCUGCGCUUCAGCGACUCCGAGAUCGGCGGGGUCACGAUUGCCUGGGUGGCGGAAAACCCCAACAAAGCAGGGGAGCGAAUGGUGUGGAACCUCAUGCCCUACACAACCAAAGACUUCACGAUUCGCUCUUUGGCCGACCGCAUCAGCGAUCUCAACCACCUCCUCUUCCUCUACCCCGACAAGCCCAAGGACGACGUCUUCUCCAAGUAUUACACCCCUCCGCUCUCCAAGGCGGUGGAUGGAUACGUGAAGCCGCAAAUCAAACAAGUGGUGCCUGAGUUUACAACAGCCAAUCCGGAUCCAGCAAGUGGGAACCCGACCUACAUGGAUCACGGUGCCUCUCCGGCACCUGUCAGUCACCCUCACACCUACGGCUUGUACCCACCAAUGAGCGAAUCCAUGCUGGACCCGGAAGGAGAAUUCGACCUGGACGACACCAUGGACGUGGCGCGGCACGUGGAGGAGCUGCUGCGACGGCCCGUGGAGAGCCACUGGGGCAGCCAGCAGUCGAACCUCGCCGGGUGCCUUUUGGCACCUUCGUCUCUUGUACAAGGCUGUUUGUUCCCCAAAAUGGGAGACGCUUUUCAACAACGCUGCCUGCUCGUCCUCUCAGGUCCGCCCCACACAUGCCUCGCACCCUCAACCCCUCCUCAUCAGUGCUGCCUUGCCUUAGUCCACAUCUCGCAGGGCGCCAUUUUUUCACUUUCUCGUGUGCGCGUGUGCGGUCCCGUUUCGGAACGAGCACAAGCGGACGUAGCUCAGCUCGAAGGCUCGGAAACCUCCGGACGGCUUCCGAGUUGCGGGUUUGUCGCCGGGAAGGAGCGGAGUGAGGAGAAAGCGGCGCACCGGCCGGCCGGCCGCCUGUUCCGGGCACCUUCAACCAUGGCGGGGCUCCACACUUCUUCCGAGGCGUCUGGACAUUUUCUGGACUUGAGCCGGCCGACGCAAGCCUCCCUCGACGGCGGCGGAGGAGGAGGAGGCGGCGGCGGCACCCGGCCCUACUUGGAAGUGUCGGCCGGCGCCGCCCGGGGCUUCGCAGCCCAGCGGGUGUACAGCAACGGCCGGUACCUGGAGCACAGCAGCCCGACGGUAGGCGCUCGCAGCCGGGAGCCGUCCACGGAGAGGAGCCAGGGAGGAGCGAACACACCUUGCGGCAUCAUGAAGGACGGGUCCAAGCAGAGGCAGGUGAGGAAAAAGACAGUCUCCUUCAGUUCCAUGCCGAGUGACCGGAAGAUCAACAGCACGGCGGCAUGCAUGGCUUUUAUGAUGGAGGGCUGCGAGAUGAAGAAGGUGCGCUCCAACUCGCGCAUGUACAACCGAUACUUUCUGCUGGAUCCGGACAUGCACUGGCUCCGCUGGGAGCCCUCCAAGAAGGACUCAGAGAAGGCAAAGCUCGAGAUUAAGAGCAUUAAAGAGGUCCGAUUAGGGAAGAAGACCCCAGUCCUUCGCAGCAAUGGUCUGUCUGAUCAGUUCCCAGAUGAAUGCGCCUUCUCGAUCAUCUAUGGGGACAACUAUGAGUCACUGGAUUUGGUUGCCAGUACAGCUGAUGUGGUCAGCACCUGGGUGAUGGGGCUGAGAUAUCUGGUUUCUUAUGGCCGUCACUCCGUUGGCAUGGUAGAACCCACCCAACCAAGUGUAAGGACAUCUUGGAUUAGCUCAGUCUUUGAGCUCGCAGACAUGGAAAAAGACGGACACAUUGACCUUUUCAGGGCCACUCAAAUUAUCAAGGGGCUCAACCCCGGAAUGAAAGAGGCGAUGAUAGAACUCAAGUUCAAAGAACUCCAGAAAGCUAAAGACCAAUACGGUGAGGCAAUUAACAUGGACACAUUUGUGGAGGCUUACUGUGAGCUCUGUACGCGUCCAGAAAUUUUCUUCUUGCUGAUGCAGUUCUCCAGCAACAAGGAGUACUUGGACUGUAAAGACCUGAUGUUAUUUGUAGAGGUGGAGCAGGGUGUAGAAGGUGUAACAGAGGACAUGUGCAGAGAUAUGGUUCUAAAAUAUGAGCCAUCAGCCGAAGGCAGGGAAGGGAUUUACCUCUCCAUUGAUGGCUUUACACACUACCUCCUCUCCUCUGAGUGUCACAUCUUUGACCCGCAGCACAAACGUGUGUGCCAGGACAUGACGCAGCCCUUGUCCCACUACUACAUCAACUCUUCACAUAAUGCCUCCCUUCUGGAAGACCACUUCUGGGGUUCAUCCGACAUCAGUAGUUACAUCCGUGUUCUGAGGAUGGGUUGUCGCAGCAUAGAGGUAAUCGUCUGGGAUGGUCCUGAUAAUGAACCAGUGGUGUAUGUCGGUAGUUCUGUGGCCUCACAGCUCGCGUUCUCCAAGGUCGUGGAUAUCAUCAACCAAUAUGCCUUUGAGAGCUCUGAGUAUCCCUUGAUUCUCUGUUUAGUGGCUCAUUGCUCUAUCCCUCAGCAAAGGGUUAUGGCCCAACACAUGAAAAAGAUUCUUGGAGACAAACUAUAUGUGGAUUCCCCCAACAAAGAAGAAAACUACCUACCCACUCCUGAGAAACUCAAAGGUAAAAUCCUCCUCAAGGGCAAGAGGCUAGAGCUGAGCUCCACAGACCCUGAGGGUGAUGUGACAGAGGAGGAAGAGGGUCUAGAAAUGUCCAGAAGAGUAGGAGUAGAUGACAGGGACCAGCUAAAUGGCUUGGGUUGUAAAAAACUCCGUCUGUGCAAGGAGCUGUCUGAUCUUGUGUCACUCUGUAAAUCAGUCCAGUUCAGGGACUUUGACACAUCAAAACGGGACCAAAAAUAUUGGGAGAUUUGCUCCUUCAAUGAGGUUGAUGCAAACAGGUUCGCCAAUGAGUUUCCAGAGGAAUUUGUCUGCUACAACAAGCGCUUUCUCUCUCGAGUGUACCCCACCCCGAUGAGGAUUGAUGCAAGCAACAUGAACCCCCAAGAUUUCUGGAAGUGUGGCUGCCAGAUUGUGGCCAUGAACUACCAAACACCUGGCCUGAUGAUGGACCUCAACCUUGGCUGGUUCAGACAAAAUGGCAACUGUGGCUACGUGUUGCGGCCAGCCAUCAUGAGGGAGGAGGUGUCCUAUUUCAGUGCCAAUGCUCGGGAUUCCCUGCCAGGGGUUUCUGCCCAGCUACUUCACAUUAAGCUCAUCAGCGGGCAGAACCUACCCAAGCCUCGUGGCUCUGCGGCCAAGGGUGACGUGGUGGAACCUUACAUAUACGUGGAGAUUCAUGGCAUCCCGGCUGAUUGUGCUGAGCAAAGAACCAAAACCGUGUCACAAAAUGGCGACAACCCCAUUUUUGAGGAGAGUUUUGAAUUCCAGAUCAACUUGCCCGAACUGGCGGUCCUGCGCUUUGUGGUGCUGGAUGAUGACUACAUUGGAGAUGAGUUCAUUGGCCAGUACACCAUCCCGUUCGAGUGCCUGCAGCCCGGCUACAGGCAUGUCCCCCUACAAUCUCUGACAGGGGAGUUCCUACCCAACACCACACUCUUUGUCCACGUGGCCAUCACAAACAGACGAGGAGGAGGAAAAGCCCAUAAGAGAGGAAUUUCUGUCAGGAAGGGUCGCAAGGCCCGGGAAUACACCAACACUAAGACCACAGGGAUCAAGGUGGUGGACGAACUCUUCAGAGCAUCGACCCAACCCCUUAGGGAAGCCACAGACCUCAGAGAAAAUGUACAGAAUGCCAUGGUGUCCUUCAAGGAGCUCUGCGGGCUGACGCCGGCCGCCAACAUGAAGCAGUGCAUCUUGACCGUGUCCACCUGGCUGAUGAACAGCGAGCGCUCUCUGCGGGUGACAGUAGACCUUAGCGAGACCUACCCCACCAUGGAAGCUGAGGGUCUGGUGCCCGAGCUGCUGCGCAAGGUGCUCAACGCCUACGACAUGAUGAUCCAAACCAGCAGAACACUGAUCGAGUCGGCUGACGUGGUCUACUCCAAGCUGGUGCAAGCACAGCGUGCAGGUCUGGACUUCCACGAGGACCUGCAUCGCAUCGGCGCAAAGGAGGGCCUGAAGGGUCGCAAACUGCAGAAGGCCAUGGAGAGCUACGCCUGGAACAUCACCGUCCUCAAGGGCCAGGCAGACCUACUGAAGCACGCCAAGAACGAGGCACUAGACACCCUGCGUCAGAUUCACUGUGCAGCUCAGUCCUGUGGCCUCAGUAAGAACGGAGCCUCCUCCCCUCAGCUGCAGCAUCAUCCACCCCAAUCCCACCCGCUCCAAAACCAGACGCAGCUUCAGGCCAAGUCCCCGCUGCAGCCCCCACUGCCAUCCCCGUUACACACCCAAACCUGGACUGGACCUCAUUCCCCGCUCCCACUGCUUCAAACUGUUCCAAAACCACCCGCUUACACGCCCCCGCCAGCCCUGCCACCACACUUCCAGUUCCAGCAGCGCAUGGCAGCCGGACCCCUGGACUCCACAACGGAGAAGGAGAUGUUCAGCGAAGAUCCGGCGGGACCCUGCUGACCCGCAGCCUGUGCCCGCGGAGACGAGCACCCGAGAGAGAGUGAAAAAGAUGAGCGGAAAGGUCUGGGACCGAUGCAGAAAGUGGCGAGCGGUAUAGAAAGGGAGAUGGAGGAUAGCGUGCACCAGAUGAUGAUGAUGAGGAAGACUCGUCGCGUUAGAAGCGAGACACAAGUGUGAAGGUCAGACUUGGUGAGAGAGCAGAAGAAGAAGACAUGUACUGUAAAUGUGCUUUUCUCUGUCAUAGUCCACUCAUUUUAUUCAAAGUUUUAAAUGCCAAAAAUGACCACGUUCACAGACACAUAUAAAAGCCACCAUUUAGACUAAAGAAUUUCCCAGCAUGUUUUUAGUUGCUUUUUUAGUUGUCUCAUUUAUAUGAGAUUGUAUAUGAUACACUAGGCCUUUGUAAAUGGAACACAAUCCGAUUCUAGGUGAAUACAUUUUCUCCACUGGAUAUUAUGCAAAUUGUACAAAAGCCAGGGGUCCUAAGCAGGAACCCUGAGGAACUCCGUUACACGCAGUUCCCACAAUAACUAAACCCGGUUACACACAUACCACUUUUUUUUUUUCUUAACCGACUUUUAAAUUGUGAAAUUUUCUUACCUUUAAAUUCAAGUGUGAUGUUCCAAUCCACUUGUAUUUCUCCCCUUUUCUUCCAAUUGGCUAAAAUGGCAUCCUGGUGUAUUGGUACAAAUUUAAAAAAAUCCCUGUGUGUGUGUGUGUAUGUGGACGUAGCCUUUCACAGCUUCAUGUUAAGCUUUGUCUUCUUCUGCUAUCUCCAAAGUUCUCUCUCGGAGUGACAUUCUUUUCCACACACCCACACUUGUUUUAUUCUACUCUGUGGGUACAGGCUGUGACUCAAGCCCGCUUUCCUUUGGGGGGUCACUCUUUUCCCCUGCAUUUUUAUUUGUUUGCGCUUUUUACCCCUCCUCUGGCAAAGGUUUAGUGCAUUUGUUUGGUUUAAGGGGCACGUAGAACAAUCUGGAAUCAAUCCUCGAGAUUUUAGUUUUAACAUCUUGGACUCGCUUCACCCAACAACCACGACCAGAAGACGUGACUCUACACAAAGUAUCGUGAAACUAGAUGUAAACUAUUUAAAAUGUAAGAAGGGAUGAUACAAGGACUCUUGUAGACACAAAUGGUGGCUGUUCUACUAAUUGUUGUUAGUUCUAUGGAUAUUUAUUUUAUUUUUUUUUAAUUAUGUGAUUGUCUGGACAGUCGCCGCACAAAGGGACUGUAAUGGGGGAUUACGGGUUACACCAGGGUCCAAAACAAACAAUAUAUAUAUAUAUAUAUAUAUAUAUAUAUAUACACACUGUAUACAUACACACACAAAUACGUGUGUGUGUGUGUACAUAUACCGGGUUAUUGAAAAGUAACUCCCUAUUUUUAAGUACUUGUAAUUUGUUUCUGAACUAUAAUUCUUACAAGAAGUGAACAUGAGAAGAAAGUGUAUUACAUGGAGUUUUAUUUAAAAUGGGGAGCCAGCAUUAGCUACCAGUUUCUCAAGCCGCCUGGGAACCACAUUAACUGAUUUCACAAGGAACUCUUGUGGGAUGGAAGACAUAACUUCUCGUAUUCAUCCUUCAAGUUCUUCCAAAGUCGUUGGUUUGGUAGAAUAGACUUGCUCCUUUAAUCAUGGAACAUACCCAAAAAAAAAUUUAAAUAUGACAACAUAUGAAUAAAUUCUAAGUAUUUUAAAAUAGGGAGUUACUUUUCAAUCACCCUGUGUG